CGCAGAACUUUGACGAGAUUGUAAAAAAUCUUGGGCCAAAAACUACAUAUGAAGUUUCCAUAUUUGCCUCAGAUACAUGGAAAAAGGCAAAAAACAAAAGUGAUAUAGACACAGACAUUAAGAAGUCUUCAAAGUUUCCUAGGCCUGUUAGGCACAAUGUAAAGAACUCUGAAAAGGAUCAAUGGAGAGAGGAUAGCGAUACAGAUGAUGAAGGACUGAUGGUGGAUGGAAUUCUGACUUCUGCAUCUAAACCAUCUUAUGAACUUCCAUCUCAAGAGGAGCUCAUUCGACAAGCUUUUGCUGGGGAUGAUAUAGAAGAUGAUUUUGAAAAGGAUAAGCAGGAAAUCCUCAAUGAAGAAAAUCCUCUAUUACUUCCUGGUUGGGGCCAAUGGACUGAUAUACAACAAAAGAAAGGUUUACCUUCCUGGAUGGUCAAAGAACAUGAAAAUGCCCGGAGAAAAAGGGAAGAAGCUCUCAAAAAGAGAAAGGAUGCGCAGUUAAAAAAUGUGAUCAUCUCUGAGAAAUCAAGCAAGAAGGCUGAGAAACUCCAAACAAGAACGGUGCCUUAUCCUUAUACUUCCAAAGAUGUCUUUCAUCAGAGUAUGCGCAUGCCCAUUGGACCUGAAUCUAACCCGGCGACCUCAUUUGGACCUCUUACUCGACCUGAAGUGGUGAAGAAACCAGGUGUUAUUAUAAAACCGAUAGAAUUUGAGGAAGUGAACCCUUACGAUAAACCAGGGCAACAGAGCGUUAAGAACAAGAAGUUGAAUAGAAUCUAAGGCAGUGAUAGCAAGGACAUAAACAAGUUGAUAGUCAAGGGAAAAAAAGUAAGUGGGACAGUGAAUUUUGAUUCGAAUCCAGUUCAGUGUAUUGUUUGGAAAGAUGCACUUUGGAGAUGGAAAGAAAAAAGAGAAAGGAAAACUGAUUUUGGUAGACGGAGAAUAGCUUCCCUUUUGUAUUAGUAUUCAAAGUAUCGCAGCUUAAAUUGUUGACUUAUUUAUAACAAACAUGUUAUUUUAUUUCCCAAUUUGUUUGUUCUUUAGCUGUUAAGGUGGUUAAAAAUAAUCUCUUAUCUGCCAGAUUUCUUAUAUUGAAGUUAUGUAUCAGAUAAAACAGGUGGAUUCUAAGGUGAGGGAGCAAUUAAGUCCCUCACCGGUGCACCA